GUGGCCGAAGAAAGGGCAGCGCUCAGUCUGGUACCAUGUCAUGGUACGUACCACACAAACAAACGUACAUAGGUACAUACACAGGUAGGAAUAACGAACGGGCAGGUAUAGUCGUGAUGCCAGCCCACAAUACGUACGCUGCUGUCUAUGUAUCAGUAUCCUUAUAAACGAGCAGUGAACAACACCUCGCACACCUGUCCCACACUGCACGCUCUUGAACCGACGGAAAGACGCAACAAGUGUCUCGAUUAAAGUAAGACCUGCGCGCCGUGCGUCCGCGCCACCCUCGCUUACCCCAUCGUUUUAUCGUACCACCGCGUCUGAAACCGAAAACUGCCCAGUCACAAAAUCGUACCGAUCAAUUUUAUUGAACGAAAACCGAUUGUCGUUACCAGCUUUCAAGCCAAGAAAAACUUUCGACUUGGUGGGUCGAGACUGUUCUCUCAUUUUUCUUCUUUCGUGUAUUAUCAUACUGAAGUUUUCGUCUUUUCGGGCGCCAAUGUGCUAGUGUUAGUGGAGAUAAAGUGCCAAAACAAACACGCCUGAGGAAAACACAUAUUUGCCCGGCAAAUACUCGACUUAAGUAGUAAUAAUCACCACAGAAUUAUGUAGAUAGUGAGUUACUAAUAAGAGCCUAUCACGAAUCAAACUGGAUGGUGCAGUAUAAUAUUAGUGACCAGUUUAUUAGGACUCUGCAAGUAUGGCAUCCGAUGAGGAUUGCAACACUUCCUUUACCUACCCGAUAAUCGAGGAAGCCACAUCGUCUCCGACAACCAACCCUUACAGUUGUUUAUCCCCGUCGAACCCUCCGUCACCCCUUCUAACCUCCCAGUAUACGUUACAUAUGACCCCCCGCUACGACUACCAAGACCAAGAUAUGAUCCCAGCGUCGCAGGUGCUCCCGCAGGUUCUCCCAAAAACUCAGGAAAUGUGGGACAUGGGACAGUCGAUCUAUACGGACUAUAGAUCGUACGAUGGCCGGUUUCAAAACGACUAUUUGAGAACGAAUUAUUCCGAAGGGUUACCGACAGUGUUCGGCCAAACGAGGACAAAUAGUUUUGUGCCCAAAUUGGGAGGACAACCGCAAAAAGUUCCUAAGGAAGCAAGAAUUCGCAGGCCCAUGAACGCCUUCAUGGUAUGGGCGAAAGUUGAGAGAAAGAAGUUAGCCGAUGAAAAUCCUGAUCUCCACAACGCUGAUUUGAGCAAGAUGCUUGGAAAAAAAUGGCGUUCCUUGACUCCCCAAGAUCGGAGACCGUACGUCGAAGAAGCAGAAAGACUACGGGUCAUUCAUAUGACUGAGCACCCUAAUUAUAAAUAUAGACCCAGAAGGAGGAAGCACAACAAACAAAGAUCUGGAACGACAACUGGAACUCCAGGACCUCGAGUCGGGACGUCCAUAGCGAGUCCCGGUCUACCCAACAUGUCCCCUCGAUAUACGGGAUACAUACCAAAUGCCAACCUGUCACCAACCAUCCAACAAGGGAGUGGUUAUGGUGGUUUAGAAUUCUCAAAUACAGGUGCUGUGAACGACUAUUCCCAAGACAAAAGGUACAGUCCUGUUAACUUCCAACAAAAAUACCAGCAGUACAGUUACAUGACGUAUCAGCAACAGCAGCAGCAGCAGCAGCAACAGCAGCAAAACUAUGCUCAAAAGAGUCCUUACGAACUCCACACUCCUGACGCUUCACCGUCCCAAAGUCCCGAACCGAAAGGCGCCAAACAACCCAGAAGUCCUUUAGAUAAAGACAGUUCUAAAGAGGAGAGCGACCACACACUUCCCACUCCGGAAUUAUCACCUCACAAUCAAGAGAAAGAAUAUCAGUUCGGCGAGGACAAAGGACAAAGGAUAUCAAACAUCCAACAUUCAACGCCAACAUCCACGAUAGGUAGUAACAGCCCAAACCAUCAAAACUAUCCGACUAGAGUACAAAACUUUAGGCAAAACAACAACGUGAGUUAUACAGAUUCGCAGCCGAUAACUUCCGUCCCGAUGGCAAAUGGAUUGUAUGUCAUGUGUGCCAAUAAAAGUUCGGUCGAACAAGGGCAUGUUGUCACUGGAACCUUUUAUCCACCCGUUGCCACAUCACAAGACCAGCAGUUACUCGGUGUGGCAAACAAUGCCCAAAAUAACAUGAGCAACACGGUAGCGAGCACGUCGAAUACAAUUCACUAUUAUAGCAACCCCAUGCAGCAAUAUUACGGCAACAAAGAUUACUAUAAAGACGAUAUACCCACCCUUCUUAAUAACCAAGAAGGUGGUAAAAACGAAGCCUACAUCUCGUACAAUCAACAGAUGAAAAACGACAUAAUUAUGGAAAAGCCAGAGUACGAUGCGUAUAAAAACGCUAUAACAGAUCAAUAUCAAACGGCCUAUACCGCGAACCCCAUUGUGCAGUCGUACAUGCCCCAGAACGAAGAACGCAGCGACGUAGAUAGUGACGUUGACACCAGGGAAUUCGACAAAUAUUUGAAGUAUACAAACAACGAUUCAAACAUUGUCGACUCGAAUCAUAAUUAUCAUAGGAACGAGAGCAUCUGCACUAACGUGACCUAUAACUUCCAAGCUCAGCCAACGUCUGUGAUCUUGCCGAAUACUAACAUAAAACCGGAACCGUUACUGAAUCAUUAUCCGGAAGUGUAUAAUGGUGAAUUCCCACCGGGCAGUGUUCAGCAGAAAGACGACGAUUUUAGUGAAAUUUUGGCCGACGUGCGGAAAACUUGUUACAGUAAUUGAAGUGCGAUUUAUAGAUCAAUAGUCAAUUUUUAUAUGUGCAAUAAGUUCGAGAUGACGCGGUCAGUUGUGUAGCAUAAUGUGACUUACUUACGGCCAGUGCAAGUAUGUCGAAACGGAUCAUCUAAACAUUUCAUGAAAAGAAAAUUUUGAUAAUGAACUGCAGUGGGACUACUAGAUUGGAUUUUUUUAUUUGUUACAGGUUCACGAAAUCGCUCCACGAAUGUAAGCACCUUAUUGUUAAACUUCACAGGCGGAAAAGCUAGAUACUAAAAAAUAUUAGGUACAGUUUUAAUUAUGACUGUUUAAAAAUAAUAUGGAAAACAAUCAAAUUAUUUUUCUUUCAAUUUGUAUUUAUCCAAUUUUAUUAGCAACUCAAAUUUUCAUUAAAAAUCGAAGAUGAGUGAUUUUUGCCGAAAAGUAGGUAUUUCUAAGUUAACAAAAUAUGGACUACACACAAAAAGGAAAAUAUUUUGGAAAAACACUGAAUGUUAAAUUAAAUAUCUGCUUCAAACAUUUUAAAAUAGUAAAAAAUUGAUAUAUUGCGGCAUUGCUAAAUACUAAAAUCAGGUACCACAAUUAUUUAUUACAUUAGGAGGCAUUCAUAUAUUACAUAAACAGACCUUUAAUAAUUUUACACCCUUUCUCCGCUGCAUAAGCAAAAAUAAAAAAAAAUUAUGAGCGUCCCUCCCAAAUAAUAAGAUUUAAUAUUUUUUUUAAAGCUCUCAAUGUUUGGUUUUUAGAAAGGAUUUCAUUAUAUCUAAAAGUUAAAACAACACUGUAAUAAAUCUAAGAUCUCAGCUCACAAAAAAUGGCCUUCUCUUUUGACAGAAUAGUAAUCAAGGAGUAACAGUUUGCCUUUGUAAAAUCUUAAAUUUCAAUCGAAACCGAAUCAAAUUCUGAAAAUUCGUAGUAUUGUACAAACUAGAACCGCCCUCAUUCGUAAUGGCUAAUGAUAUAUUGAAAUCCAUAAUUACUAUAGUAUUGUUCUGAAAACGUUUUUAUUAUUUUGUAAUUUUUCAUUUUACGUGAGAUUUAUAACAUCCGAACGAUGCUACAAAUCGGACAUACUGUGCAAGUGAGAACUCCCUUUGUCAGAAAAAGUACGAAACCUCGCCCCUAAGACUUCUUACGUAAUAUUUAAACGCCCUCUUAUUGCUAAAAAGAUCACUAUGUAAUGCUUACGUAUGUAUAAAAAAAUUUGCACACAUUUUCAGUACAAUUCUGGCAAAUUUUCAGCAUUACUUGGUAUUUUACCUAAAAGUUUACAAAAUUGAUACUACAAAUAGUUAUUACUCUUUUACCAGCCUUAACUUUUCAUGAAAUGUAUUAAAUAAAUAGAUUACGACAUGCCUAUCACAUAAAAAAUAUCGCCGCCAUCAUGUACAGUUAUUAAUGGUGUGUCCUUUUUUCUAACGUCAACAAUAAGCAUUAAAAUUCCAGAAAUUAUUUCAAACGAUAUACAUAGAUAAGAAUUAGAAAAAAAAACAAUACGAUUUUUCUUAUUGCUCGUAAAUAUAUAAAAAGUUGAUUUUAAGUUAUUUUUCCAAGCGAAACAUAACAACAAUACAGCACUUUAUUAUUUUUCGUUCAUUCAUUUAAAAAAUUGUCCUACAGUAGUUGGCUAUCAUGCAUUUCUAAUCUCUGAUAGCAAAUUUUAGAACUGUAGGAAUCUGAAUCUAAUCCAUUAUCCAUAUAAUGUUAUGAUUUAAAAAUUAUGAAACACAUAAAAUAUACACAUAGAUCUCAAAAUAAUCGCGCAAUUAGGUACACCAUUUGGUUGAUACUGUUUAUCAAUAAUACCUACACUAGAUGAUAUAAGAGUAAAAAAAUUUGCAAAUUGUUAAAAAAACAUAAGACACUAUAGCUCGAACUUCUUAUAAAAGAAAACAAUUCUUCUAAAGAUGCAUUCAGACUAAGUGAACGAAUACUUAUUCGCCCUUUACUUCCGCUGACUCCUUGAUGUAAUAUUACUUUCAAUAAGUAGGCAGUGUUCAUUAGUAUUCCAUAACUGUUCGAUUGUCAUUAACACUAAACAAAUGUGAAUCGAACCUUUUGUUCCUAUAUUCUAUGCUGUCGUUCGCUUAGUUUUAACGCACUUUAAAAAAUUUACGAACUGUGUGAUGGUAGAUGCUUCAAAGACUGAGUUUAACCGAAUCGAAAUCGUUUUUCGUGAAUCUAUGAAACGAAAUGCCUGAUUUAAUUGUGAUCAAAAGUCAACUAAAAGUGCUCUUAAUUUUUUUGUAUGUAAAUAU